CCCAACGCCGCCAGUUUGUUAAAUUAAUGCAGUAAGAAAGUCUGAAGAUCUGAAGGAGUCCUGGCAAAAGGAAGAUGGGCAAGCUCAGAAAACCAAGAUGCAUCUGAAGCCUGAGGUUCCUGAGCCCCGCGGAGUCGCCAUGGACCCUGGCAGCCCCCGAAACUUGCCCUAAGCUCCCUCACAUCUGCAGCCCCGAGCAAUGGGACACCUUUCCUGCAGUGAUCAUAACUUAUUCGUCGGGGGCCAGAGAACAGGAAUCGCAAGGCGACAGCAGACCGACACGCAGGCAGGGGAACGAGAUUCCGGGACUCGGUCGCGAUGCGCCAGCCUGGCAUAUUCUCUGGGAUUUAACUGAAGGCAGCACCGCCAAUCGCUUCCCCUCGCCCCUAACCCCCUCAGCAUUAAGCCCUACUCUCACUACCCAAGAUGCUUGCCCCAUCUAACCGUCCGCGGCCAGCGCUCUGAUCUCCACGGAAGAUUUUUUUUCUUGCAUGAAGCUGACCAUUUAAACAGAAAAACGGGUAAAAAAGAAAAUAUACCCACCCCCAAACGUGCCUCCCCAGCGCCGCAGGGAGCCAACAGACACGCUGGAGUUUAACAAGCAGCAAUACUCUCCGCGCUCUCCAAAAUCAGGGCUGGACGCUCUCCGUGGUGCUGAAACGCUUCGCGGCGGCGGCGGCGGCGGCGGCUGUCCGUGGUACCUAUAGCCCCCUCCUCCAAUUUCCCCUGGGGCUUUCCCUCCGCGCCUGUUUCCCACCUCCCCUCGGCAUCUGGAUUAUUUUUUCAAUAGCGCUCGCUGGUUUUGUAAGUACCAAUUUGAAACAUAUUUUUGGCCCCAUAACUCGUGGACUACAAAGCACAAGGACCUGAAAAUGUACAGCUUCAAUACUCUUCGACUCUACCUUUGGGAGACCAUUGUAUUCUUCAGCCUUGCUGCUUCUAAGGAGGCUGAUGCCGCCCGCUCCGCACCCAAGCCCAUGUCUCCCUCAGACUUCCUGGAUAAGCUCAUGGGGAGAACCUCUGGAUAUGAUGCCAGGAUCAGGCCCAAUUUUAAAGGUCCCCCGGUGAAUGUGAGCUGCAACAUUUUCAUCAACAGCUUUGGUUCCAUUGCUGAGACAACUAUGGACUACAGGGUCAACAUCUUUCUGCGGCAGCAGUGGAACGACCCCCGGCUGGCCUACAACGAAUACCCCGACGACUCCCUGGACCUGGACCCGUCCAUGUUGGACUCCAUCUGGAAACCCGACCUGUUCUUCGCGAACGAGAAGGGGGCCCACUUCCACGAGAUCACCACGGACAACAAGCUGCUGCGGAUCUCCCGCAGUGGGAACGUCCUCUACAGCAUCAGAAUCACCCUGACGCUGGCCUGCCCCAUGGACUUGAAGAAUUUUCCCAUGGAUGUCCAGACGUGUAUCAUGCAACUGGAAAGCUUUGGCUAUACCAUGAAUGACCUCAUCUUUGAGUGGCAGGAGCAGGGAGCUGUGCAGGUGGCAGAUGGACUAACUCUGCCCCAGUUUAUCCUGAAGGAGGAGAAGGAUUUGAGAUACUGCACCAAGCAUUACAACACAGGUAAAUUCACCUGCAUUGAGGCUCGGUUCCACCUGGAGCGACAGAUGGGCUACUACCUGAUCCAGAUGUACAUUCCCAGCCUGCUCAUUGUCAUCCUCUCCUGGAUUUCCUUCUGGAUCAAUAUGGAUGCUGCACCAGCCCGUGUGGGACUGGGCAUCACCACCGUGCUCACCAUGACCACCCAGAGCUCUGGCUCCCGAGCGUCCCUGCCCAAGGUGUCCUACGUGAAAGCCAUUGACAUUUGGAUGGCGGUGUGCCUGCUCUUUGUGUUCUCCGCCUUGCUUGAGUAUGCUGCUGUCAACUUCGUGUCUCGGCAGCACAAAGAGCUGCUCCGGUUCAGGAGGAAGCGAAGACACCACAAGAGCCCCAUGUUGAAUCUAUUCCAGGAGGAUGAGGCGGGAGAGGGCCGCUUCAACUUCUCUGCCUAUGGGAUGGGCCCAGCCUGUCUACAGGCCAAGGAUGGCAUCUCGGUCAAGGGCGCCAACAACAACAACACCACCAAUCCCGCUCCUGCGCCGUCCAAGACGCCGGAGGAGAUGCGAAAACUCUUCAUCCAGAGGGCCAAGAAGAUCGACAAAAUAUCGCGCAUCGGCUUCCCCAUGGCCUUCCUCAUCUUCAACAUGUUCUACUGGAUCAUCUACAAGAUCGUCCGCAGGGAGGACGUCCACAACCAGUGACGGGUCUGGGACGGGGGAGGCUGGGAGCGGGCGGUAGAGCCAGCACAGGCAUCUGAGAGGCGAGGAAGGGGCGGGAGAGGGCGGGGCACGCACACAGGAUCCCACUCUCUCUGCACCGAGGGCGAUAGCAAGAGGCAGCGAUGCAUGAGUCUUACAAUGUGGCACUCUCUAU